AUGGGAAACAAUAAAUUAAUAUUAAAAGUGACUUUGUAAUAAAAAUAAGUUCUCAACUUCAUCUGAUUUGGACAAAUUCACCUAUGAGCAUUUAUUGAACGAAUAAUUCUAAAAAAUUGUAAUAAUCUAAACUGAUUAAUGUGAAACUCAACACAAAUUGCAACUCCAAAUCCAGGGAGUUAAAUUGAGAGAAUACUAAAAAUUAUUGAAUUAAGGAUUCGAAAGUUUAAACGCAAGCAUAAAGGAGGCAGAACCAUCUGGUUUUGAAUUUUAUAAGAUGAAACUAAAUUUUAUAUAUAAUACUCCUUUUGAAUUGCAUUUUAAGUCAAAAUAGAUCAACGGAUGCAAUAAGGUUGUUAUAAUGGAUUUAGAAAUACGAUACUUUGAUUAAAUAAUUUAUAUGA